CGUCGCGUGAUGAUGACGUAUUAAUCCACUUCCCCGGCAGAUCUCUGAGUUGUUUACUACACCGAAGACAAGUUUUAGUCCACAAGUCAAUCCGUCGGAUAUACAUGGUGAUGCUGCAGGGAUGCACACAGCUUUGCGUGAAAUCCACAUCUCAUCAGAGCCUGACCCCUCCUACUUCCUGCGAGUGGACUGGAAGGGGCGGGGCUUAGGGUCGGGCUUCCAGUUGCUGCUGACUAAUGGACAGGCUGCGUGGGGAGGAGAAGUGAGUGAGGCAGCAGUGUGUGGGGAGGCAGAGGAGCUGGAGAUGCAGACGGAGGCCUACAUCCAGGACCUGGAGGCCGUGCUGACAGGGCCCGAGAGCUCCUGGACUUACUGCUUCACUCUGACGCCAUCUGCACCAAACGACAGUUCAACUAUUAAACUGGAGUAUGAGAAGGUGCAGAAGGAUAUCUCAUUCAGGUUGGGGUCUGUUUUGUUGAAGGCCAUCCCAGAGCCGGUGCAGGUGGUGAGGGAGUUGCUGAUUCACAGCCUGCAGAGGGCCAACAUGCUGGAGCACCAUAACCAGAAACUUGAAGAGGAGAACCAGAGGCUGAGACAAGAACAGCAACGCAUCACGGCAGAACUGAAGCGAUACGCUGGUGGUAAAGAGGCCCUGGAGGCUGAGCUGUACUCUCGGUUUGUCCUGGUUCUGAAUGAGAAGAAAGCCAAGAUCCGCAGUCUGCAGGAAACGGUCACACACCUACAGGAAACAGGGAGUUCUGAGAAACAGACAAAGACAGGCCCAGUAAAAUCAGACCAGACAGCAGGGCAGGAGGAUGAAUAUGGAGAAAGUACUGAUGAGGACCUGCCGGAAGUGCAGCCGACUCCAGCCUCCACUUUACCGUCCCGGGGGUGCUCUACUCCAAGCCCGUUGGACGACAGCCUGAAGGACAUCACAGAUGUGGCCCCCUGUCGCAAGCGGCGCUUUCGUCACCUCGGGGCCCCAGACCCUGCCGUUAAGAGGCCACAGACCUCCCAGAGAAAGAGGUCGUUCAGUGAAAGAACAGAGAGGAGGAGGAGCAGAAAGUCGAGGGAGUGAAAGAGCUUGAAGAGAAGUGAAGGAAGGCUGUGUGAUCAGAAGACAAGGAGGACUGAUUAAAGGAAUUGCUCAGCAUUCUGAGAAACAAGCUUAUUUGAUUUAUUUUGGAAAGUGAGAAGAGCAGAUUGGUUAUCUGUGUGUUGAAGAGUUUGACUUAAUACGUUGUCCCUGUUGCCAUGAAGCAGCCGGUCAGAGGUGCAGCAAAUUCAAAACACUUCAUCAUUGAGUUUGUGAACAAAACGUGGGGUUGUAGCCACUGAAUGAAUUUAAGCCAAGCCCUCCACCCACUGUUAGCAGUGCAUGGCAGAAGUUAAAAAUCUGUUGUUGCACUUUUUUGGCCUAAAUAUUUUAUGUGCACAGGCGUGUGUGUGUUUUCUAACCCAGUUCUGAUGGUUCGAAGCUGGAUGGGACUUCUACCUCUGCCCACGACGUCAAAACCCUGUGUUAAGAAAAAACUUAGAGCACUUAGCUGCCACUAAAACAACAUUUCAAGCGUUUAAUUGGUCAGUUUUAGGUGUAUUCGUGAAUUUUGGCCUGAGCCAGGGUGGGUGUUGUCCUCUUGUUUCCUGACUCCAGCUCCUUACUGAGGAUACAAACAUCUCUCCCUCUGAGCUAAUCCUCCAACAAACACUUCUUUUGACAAUAAGAAUGUUUUGAGUUCUGUUAAACAGCUUCAAAAUCUCAAAUUGUCCUCAUUGUUGUUCCUGUUAACAUGUCCUUCAGAUGUAAAUGUUUGUGUACUCAAACGCCCGUUUUCCCAUGAAGAGAAAGGAAACUUGCAGUGAAACCCAGUCGCUCCUUGGACCGGUUCUGUAAUCUAUCAAACCUUGCUUCUAGCCAUCACAGAUAAUCACUACAAGACAUGGAUCUGGUAUAGCCCGACGGUGGGUGUUUGCAUUUUGCGUCAUACUUUUUUUUCCUCCAGUUUUCUGGGCUCUUUGUCACAGUGAAAUGGCAGGUAACUUAAUAGGUUGAUGGAAAAAUACAUACAAGUGGAAGUUUUUGAGCUGGUGCAAAUGGCAUCGCUCUGACUUGGUCCAUAAUGAAUGCCCCAUUUUAUUUGCUGCAAAAGCCCUUUGAGUUGUGCACGUUCAUGUGUGCCUGUGACAGGGGAAAGCCAGUAAACACAAGUGAUACUAGUUAACAAAAAAUGGCCUAAACUGCACCUUUGUAUGUGGAGCCAUAAAUCUCAUAACCUGGACAAACCAAGCAGAAACUACCUGCCGCUAGAGGUAAAAGGAAAGUGUGCUUUUUGUAAUGUGGGUGAACACCUCUGGUUCAAGUUACAAGCUGGCACAUAAUUGUUGUACAUGCAGCAGCUCUGCGUGGGGGCUCCUGUGUGCCGGGCAGCACCUCUUUGUGUAUGUGGUUUCCACCGCUGUCGUCUUGUGCCCCUCUGCCAUGUGUCCAAGCCUCCGGUGGUCCUCCAUGGGACAGCUCCCCAGUGAACAUGUCCCGUUUCCUUUUAACUGGUUCCAGCAGUGCAGUGUUUGUCAUUCAAGCCCAGGGCCUCCCCUCUCUGCUCCUUUCUUCUUUGUCCUGUUGAGCUGCUCAUUGUUACAGUUGCUAUUCUUGUUUCCAUACAGUCAUCAAAAUGCAGCUUGUGACUUAAAGACCAUGAUGUUUCUCUGGAUUGUGAGUGGCUCUCAGGCCACCUUGGAUUUGUCAGUCAGUCACAUGCAGUGAGGCAGUUACCCAACAUCAUAAGGUCAGAUCUUACUGACCCUGCAUGCUCAGCCUUUCCACUUUUUCAUUUGUUCCACUUCUGCUUCAGGGUCUAAACCUUUGGCCCCUGUCUACAGCUAGAGUAAACACAAGUCAACUGUUGGGGUCAUAAUUGUUUUAAAGACUCAGAAGUUUCAGAUUCAAACUUUCCAAGUCAUUUAUAGAGGUACAGAUAUCUUAUAGAGUAACUACCUGUGUCUUUAUUCUCAGCUAACGUGUCUAUGUCAUGUAGCAGUAGCUUCAUAAAAGGUUUUAAGUGCUCUGAUGCUCAAACCUGCAAAAAGUGACUUUUUCAGGUUUAAAGCAGGCCUCUGAGGAUGAAGUACUGAUGAUCAGUUGGAGUACAUUUGUGUUUUCCUUCUCGGCUUCUCUGCCUUGAUCCCCUCCUAUCCUCUUUUCUCUGUUGCCCACUGUGUGUCCUUGGUCCUUCCUGCAUCCUCUGCUCUUCAACUUCACACGAUGUUACGUUCCAGUUAGGACAGGAUGUAGAAGCAUCUGUAGAGCUGAGACUACAGAACAACCUCCAUGUGCUAACACGGGUAGUCAGGUAUUUGAUGUAGACCGGUGGUGGGGGGGCACAAUUACAAACACACACUUCUACCCGUCUACACACAGGUAUAAAAGUCGCCCAUGUGUUUCUAGUCUUGCUCUUUAUGGGCCACAGGACACACUUCCUGUCUCAACAGGAAACCUCUCCUCAUUAUCCCACUGACCUGUCCAUCCUCUCUCUCUCUCUCUCUCUCUCUCUCUCUCUCU